GCGGGCGGCGCUGCGGUGCCCGGUCCUCCCACUGCUCCUCCAGGCCGCGGGAACGUGCCCGGUCCCGUUGCCGUGGAGACCGAGCCGCGGCCUAGCUGCGGCCAUGAAGCCUGGGCCUCGCCUGCGCCUCCUGCCAGCUCCCGGGGCCGGGCCCGGCCGCCUGCGCCUCCUCACCUGGAACGUGAACGGACUCCGCACUCUCGGGCGGCGGCUGCGGCCGCGACUGGAGACGAUGCGGGCGGAGAUCAGCUGCUUCCAGGAGACCCGCGUCUCCCGAGAGGGACUGACGGAGGAGUUGGCCGUUCUCGAGGGCUUCACCUCCUACUUCAGUCACAGCCGGACCCGACCCGGGUACUCGGGUGUUGCCACGUACUGCAGGGAUGAGGCGAGACCAUUCUGGGCGGAGGAGGGUCUGUCGGGGCUGCUGACCCUCGGUGUCCGGGCCACGGGCAUCGGCGAGGAGAUGACCGACAGAGAGCUGAGGGAGCUGGACAGUGAAGGGCGGGCGGUGAUCACCAAGCACCGCGUACGGCUGUGUGAGGGGGAGACGGCGACACUGGCCGUGGUGAACGUGUACGUCCCGCGAGCUGACCCAGACUGCCCGCCCCGCCAGCGGUUCAAACUGCGAUUCCUACAGCUGCUGGAGGCCAGGGUCAACGGCCUGUUACAGGAGGGAGAACAUGUGAUUGUGCUUGGCGACCUCAACAUUGCCCACAGGCCGAUCGACCACUGUGACCCUGGAGACCUGGAGCAGUUUGCGAUGGACCCGUCCCGCCAGUGGCUGGACCGUUUGCUCAGUCCCGCGUCUGGGGGCCCGGGAGAGGAGGAGGGGGGAACGGCGGUGCCCGGCGAGGGGCCGCUGGUGGACGGGUACCGGCUCUGCCAGCCGGCGCGGCACGGCGCCUACACCUGCUGGCGUGUCAGCACCGGGGCGCGGGCCACCAACUACGGCGCCCGCAUCGACUACCUGCUGGUGAGCCGCGCCCUGGCGCGACGCUCCCUCGCCCGCUGCGCCCUCCUGCCCGGCGUCACCGGCUCCGACCACUGCCCCGUCGUGGGCUGGUUCACUGCCCUCUCCCUCCCCUCACCCCUCACCCCCCCGCUCUGCACCAGCAACAUGCCAGAGUUCACCGGAGUCCAGCAGAAACUUGUCCCCUUCCUCGUCAGGAGGGACCGGGGGCGGGGAGGGGAGGAGGGGGAAGAGGCAGAGAGAAGAGAGGCGGGAGAGGAAGAGGUGAUGGUUGGAGAAGAGGGAGAUCGGAAGAGGCUGGAGAGGGGAGGAGAGAAGGGGGUGGGGAGGGGGAGGGGAGGAGUGGGGAGGGGGAAGGGGAAGGGGACGAAGAGCAAGGUACAUCCAGCCCCAGCCAUUAACCUCCUCUCCUUCUUCAAACCCAUCGCAGUGGCCCCGGCCCCUCCCCCCGACCCGGCCCCUCCCCUCGACCUCCCCCCAUCCCCGGCCCCUCCCCUCGACCUCCCCCCCUCCCGGGGCCCUGCCGCCUUCUGGAAGGUUCUGCUGGGGGGCCGCCCCCCUCCCCCGCUCUGCACGGGUCACGGGGAGCCCAGCGCGCUUCGCACGGUCCGCAAGUCGGGCCCCAACAAGGGGCGGGGCUUCUACUGCUGCCCCCUCCCCCAGGGGCCCCCCGGUCACCCCUCUGCCCGCUGCACCUUCUUCCGCUGGGCGGAGAGAACCCCUUUACCCCACGCACCCCCAACAGAAGCACCCCUACCCCACACACCCCCAACCGAGCGAGCCACUCUAGCCCAUGAACCCCCAACGGAAGCACCUCUACCCCACAUACCCCCAACAGAGGGAGCCACUCGACCCCACGCCACUCUCGAAACAUAGGAAAAUAGGUGCAGGAGUCGGCCAUUCGGCAUUUCCUGCCAGCACCGCCAUUCAAUAUGAUCACGGCUG